AUGCCUAGACCAGUCUCACCCUUGUCAGACUCACUUCCGCCUUUAGUCUUCGGGACCGCCACCUUCAACUAUCAGUACAAUGUAGAUCCAUAUGCUUUGGGCCCGACCCCUCUUGUCCAGAAAGCUCUUGCACAGGGAGUAUAUGCCUUUGACACUUCGCCCUAUUACGGGCCAGCCGAGGAAAUCCUGGGGACCGCUCUCGAUACCGACCUAGUUCGUACACACUAUCCCCGCGAGAAGUAUUUCAUCCUCACCAAGGUCGGACGAGUCGCUUCUGAUGUUUUCGACUAUUCUGCCGAAUGGGUGCGGGAAAGCGUGCAAAGAAGCUGUAAACGCCUCAAGACCAGCUACCUCGACGUCGUCUAUUGCCAUGACUGCGAGUUCGUUUCACCACAAGAGGUACUUACAGCAGUUACCGAGCUUCGCAGGAUACGUGACGAAGAAGGGACGCUCAAAUAUGUCGGUAUCUCGGGUUAUCCAGUCGACAUACUUUGUGAUCUGGCGGAAAUGAUCCUCCGUGAAACGGGAGAGUCCAUCGAUAUUGUGCAGUCGUAUGCGAACUUUACCCUGCAAACCACAAAGCUCCUCUCUGACGGUCUUCAACGACUUGUCAAUGCAGGUGUCGAUGUCGUUACGAACGCCAGUCUACUUGGCAUGGGCUUGCUUAGGCGGACGGGAAUUCCACUGGGUGCCAUGGGCGACUGGCAUCCUGCACCCGAUGGUCUGCGACAGGCGUGCAUCGACGCAGCGAAAUGGGCAGACUCGAAGGGAGAGAAACUCGAAGUCGUUGCGAUCAGAUUUGGUCUCGAAAACUGGCUCCGCGAAGGGGCAAAAGUGGGAGUGCUUGGGAAUCCUCUGGCCAACACCGAGCCAUCGUAUGGAAGUGCAAUCAGCAUACCUCGCAAAAGACUUGGGGUGUCUGUAAUGGGCGUCAGCAAGGUUGAGGAGCUCGAUGAGACGAUGCGAGUAUGGAGAAGUGUUCUUGACGGUUUGGCCGAUGAUUUUGAUGCCGAACCUGGUACAAUCACCCCUUCGAACGCCGUCAGCGACCAUGAAUGGUCUCUUUGGCGGAGGCAGAAUGUUCGCGUGCUUGCAAAAGGCAUACGAGAAGUCAUUGGACAGGAGUGGGUGGACUAUGCCUGGCCCUCACCGGAUCCUGGGUAUGUGAAUCGAGCACCAGCACGGGAAGUGAAAGAGGCACAGAUCGCGUCGGACACUGCUGGAUCAAGGGAGGUCACCAUUCCUACGCCGCCUUCAGAGGUGUAG